CUUGUCUUGCCCCAAAUGCAUACAGUACACCGACGGACUAUCAAUUGUGACCACAAUUUCAAUCGAGACUGGUCAUUCGCGCAAUGAGGCCACCUUAUGUCGUUCCGGGAAUUUACAGAGGAGGAAGAAGCCCAGGCUGAAGAGGCUUUCCUCCCGGAACAAGGUUGCCCUCCUCCGGCAUCCCUGAGUCCGCCCGAUCGUGCAACACCAUCAUUGCCAAGCAUCAUAGGGGAUAUCCUGCGCACCAAAAAUUGCGUACCUGGCUCACUCUUUCUCGUCGAAAGCAUCCAUUCCCAGAUCGCACCCGGAGGGCCGUUGGGGCAGAAGAGGAAGCAUAAGCAGCAAUGGAUUGGACGCCGGGCCGUACGCCUUAUUCUCGGCGAUGGAGAGCUCUGCAUUCAGGCCCUCCUUGUUCCCUCACUUCAUUCACUCGUCGACGGCGGCUUGAUCAAGGAGGGCUGCCUGGUGAGGCUGGACAGAUUCAGGCUUCGUGUUCUUUUGCGACCUGCGCCUGGCGCCCCUUGUGGUCCGCCUACCGUGUUCUUAGUUGUGGAGGAAGUUCUCGUCGAAGGAGAUGAGGCCGACAAAGCUCUGGAAUCAAAGAAAGGUCUGGAUCUAGACGGAAUGCGCAAAGAUGAUCGUGGUAGAGCAGCAAAGCAACUGGGGACAUUUCCCACCUCCGGCGUCAAAAUACCCGUAUUUUCGAGCGUGAACAAUGAGGCUCAAGAUGGCACGGAACAGCAAUCCGGAACCCUACAUACCCGUGCUGCCGAUGCUCUUAACAGCAGCCAAAACAUCCAGCGUCUGGCGGAACAUUAUCAGACGAGCAAUUAUGUGACAACAGAGGAGCCUAUCGAGGCGCGCAAAGCCAGUGAGACGGACAAAGAUGGCUUUUCGCAGCCCCUGAAAAAGCCUAAGCUCGAUACCCAAGACAAGAGCACUGCAGAACCGGUUCCUUCCUGGGUUUCAAAGGAUCUCACUCAGCCGGUCAAGCUUACGACCCUGAAGACGAUUCCUCUCCUCCCAUAUAAGCAGAACUGGAUGGUGAAUAUCUUGGCUAUUGUUUCAGAAUUGUCCGAUGUCGAACCGUCGCCUUUGCGGCCAUACACUGGCAAGCAACGCACGGCGCGCUUAGCAGACCCGUCGACCGGCAAGCGAGUGCUGUUGACAGUCUUUUUGGACCCUGAAAACUUUGCGCCGAAGGUGGGCAGCGCAGUAAUUCUUCUGGGGGUCAAGAACCACAGGUUCGAUGGUGGGAGCCUCAAGAAGUAUGCCAGCGAUCGGCCCAAGGACGGAGCAUCGUGGUGGUUCGAGGAUCCGGAAGACCUUGACUUGUGCGAUGUCAGGCACCUCAAGGAAUGGUGGGCGUCAAAUCAGUUUUGCUGAAGACGGUGUUAUGCUAUCAAAGUGACCAGGAAGUAAGCAGUGAAAGUCGAGGGCAGCAUGUGAGCGGAUAUGGCGGAGGUAUUGGUUUCUUUGUGUUGGUAGUGCAUUGAAACCGACGGUUGUUGGAUAGGUACCGAGGCAAUGGCUCUGGUGAUGGUCUCAAAGUUCACUACAGGCAUACUCGGCAUCUUUUGGUGUGACGUAUCGUUCGGUUCUUGCAAAAGUGUGAAAAGAAAAAAAAAAAAAAAAAAAAAAAAAAAAAAAAAAAAACUUUUGCUUUUGCCUUCUUUCUCCUUGGGAUAAUGUUCCAAGUCUCCAUGCAUUCUUUCUUGAGGUCUGAAUCCUUUUCAGGGGUAUAUCGCCAUUGAUUCAAAAAUGGGCGGGCUGUGGCCGAGGAUUCGAUGCGGUCUCGGGCAUAAAUAAACGGGCAUAUUUCGGCAUAUUCUCAUACUGUUUGUGCUAAAAGAGAAGGAAGGUUGCUCUCGAGUCUUGGGCGAGUUUCGCAAGUGCAUCGAACCUCGUAGUGGUCAAACUGGCGGGCGAGAUGACAUCGGUACCUCGAGACGGAAGCUAGCAAAGGUUGACGCGAACCCGAGUAUCAUCGGAUCUGUCCCAUAAACUCAUAGGCCAGCCGCCCCGAAGCUACAAAAUCAUGGGUGAUGCAGGCCAAACCGACGAUGCGGCGAGCACCAAUCAGCGAUCAUCGUCUGAGUUUAGGUAGCUUCAAAAUCUUCGCCGAAGAUUUCUCUCGCUUGGUGUGGCGGGCAUCAUUACUACGUGGUACCCUCCGUUACGAUUGGGUUUGGGACGCAAGGGCGGUGGAAAGAGAAAAGAGAAAGGGUAGCAGAGAGUUGUGGUUAAGGGACCGAGAUUGGACGAUGCAGAUCUUCGUCGCAAGUGAGAUGUUUGGCCCAUCGUUGGCCUCUGCAAUGGGUGGUUGUCUGGCCAGGUUCUGCAGGCGCGAGGUGGAAUUGGGGGUUAUAUUUGAAUGGCCCAAUGCGUUUGCUCGCCCUUCACUUCAGACCGCUAUUCGCUUAAGAGCCCGAUACCUUUAGGACCCUGCCACUCCCAUCAAAGAGUGCAUCACCUCCAAUGGAUAGUACUUUAUGACAGAUAUAAUAAAAGAGAAAUCCAGAUUCAAAGAAUCGCGAUGCCCAAAUCCCAGGCCAAAUCUCAAGCAGAAAGCCAGCCUCUUA